AUGAAGCCAUCGACUAUCAACCAAGAUCAAAGUGAAUUGGAGCUUGCCGCGUCGGAGUCACCGAACCCCUCGGUCCUCUGGCUCGUUCGAGAGCAUCUUCGUCGCGUCAUGGAGCAGCCACCCCCAACCGAUCAACCACAACAGCCUCCGCCUCCGACCCUCACAAACCCUCGCUUCACCCUCGAGCUAGAGUUUGUGUCUUCUCUCGCCAAUCCCUACUAUCUGUCCCACCUCGCCGUGACAUAUCCGAAUCUGCUGGGCAUAAACAAGUCCGGUGAUGACAGCGACGUCAACAAUGAUUCCGCAGACCCCGACGCGCAGGCAUUUGCAGCAUACCUGGCCUACCUCUAUUCCUACUGGAAGACCCCCGAAUACGCUCAGUUCCUGACCCAUCCCGGUGCCACUUUGCGGGCGCUACGACUACUGCAGGAGGAGAAUUUCCGUCGCGACAUCAUUCGCCCCGACGUCAUUGAAAGGCUAGCGGGGACCGAUGUCGCCGCCGAACCCGUCGAAGCAGCUGCGGAGUCUGGAGAACAGGAGGGCGAACAAGCCAAAGCAAGCUAG